GUAGGCAGAAGAGGGUCCCAAUACAGGAGUGGGCUUCUGCAAGAGGCUAAGGGAUUCAGCUGUCACCUCAGGAGCAGCACAAUCUAAGCACCAACUGGUUGGUUUAGAAGGGCUGUAAAGUAUCUGGCCUUUUCCUGAAAAACAGGAGAACAUGGUAAUAGAAGUGGCAAUUGCAAUGAUCCCUGUGCUGUACACAGCAGCAGGUGACAAAUCUGGCUACUACAUUGGGCGGACACUAUGGUUUGGCCUCAUCCACUUGUACAGCUUAGUAAUGUAUGUGGUUCAGGUGCACUGGAACAAAAACCAUGAAGAUUUCAACUGCCAUGGAAAUAUCACCCGUUCUUGUCGUGUGGAGUGUUUCGAAGAACUAUUUAGCAUUCCUAUCACAGGAAUGUGGUACUACUUCUACUUCAUCUUCAUAACCUUGUUCUUCAUCAUGGAAUUCUUCAUGGCUCAGAUUCGACAUAAGCACACCAAGGUAAAGGAGAAGUCUAUGCAGGAAACAGACAACACCAGGGAAAUGGAGAAGGGUACCAUGGAGGCAAUCAGGAAGCAGAGCCCCUCCCAGGAGACAUCCUCCCAAAACUUCCACCAGAAGAAGGCAUUCUUAUAUCUGUAUCUGCUCCACACCCUCCUGCAGGUCAGCUUCCAGACUAUGUUUCUAUGCCUGCUCACAUUCAAACACCUGCCCAUAGUGAGUCACGGCAAAACUCACUGCAACACCAACAGCUGCUCUACCUCCUUUCACUGUCUGCUCAUGAAAACCUCGGCAAAGAAGAUGACCAUUUACGGCCUCAUCACCUUGUCCAUCAUAAACAUUGUCCUCGGGGCAAGCUACUUCAUCUAUAGCAUCUAUCACUACCUACUGGAAGCUCGCUCAGCUUCCAAGAUUCCAAUUGACUGAUAUUUCUAAGGACUUCCUGAAGUCCUUUCUCCUUCACACAAGGAACUUUAUGUUCUUCUAAAUUUUGUUGUUUCAGAACAACUCUUCCUUCUAACCUUUGGGUCUUGAUUUUAAUAAAAAAAACAUUUGCCAAAGAUGGUGACACACACCUUUAAUCACAGCACUGGAGAGGCAGAGCAAUGUACAGUUCAAGGUCAGUUUGAUCUACAUAGUGAGUUCUAGGCUAGUUAGGGCUACUCAGUAGAUCCUACCUUAAAAAUAAGACAUAAAUAAAAUAUGAUUUAAAAAAAUAUUCACCAGGGCUGGAGAGAUGGCUCAGAGUUU